AUGGCAUUAUACGAGGCCGUAGCCACUCCGGGGUCCUCAGCGGGAUUCCACGCCGACAAGCCAUAUCACUCUAAGCGACCGCACCGCAAAUCCAGAAAGGGGUGUCGUACAUGCAAAGCUCGCAAGGUCAAAUGUGACGAGAUCCGCCCAUCAUGUACAGCAUGUUCUCUACGCAGGGAGACAUGUGUCUAUCCCACGACAACCCAACUCAUAACUGGCUUGUCAUCGUCCAAGAACCAAACAAGCUCGCCCAUCACACCAACUGACUCUUUCGGGCUUCAAGUCAUUCACGAAACCUCAUCCCCGGGUUCCGACGGCUCAUCAUCGGGCGUGAUCGUCAGAGAGCCGUUAUUCAUCCCCAAGGACCGCACCGAAGCGGAACUCAAACUCCUAUGGUUCUACAGCCAAUCAACCUUCAAGUCCUUCGCCGCUGACUCCGGGCCCGUCGACACUGUGAACCAUGUCCUGAAGGUGAAGCUAGUCGAACAUGCCUACGCCAACCCGUUCCUGAUGAACACCGUUCUAAGCUUAACCUCCCUACACCUCCAACACGUCGGCAUCGACGACCUCAACGUGCCCCGCGCACAAGCUCUCGUCUACCGCGCCCGAGCUUUUGAGACCUACCGCAAAGCCAUCGAAGAAGCCGACCCGUCCACCUUCCCGGCAUUAGUUGCCUGCGCCUUGUUUCUCUGCGGUCUCACUUCCCAAGUCUUCCGGGACGAGGAGGACUACAAGCCGCUCUACAUCAUCGACUGGAUAAACGUUUGGCAGGGCGUCGGGUUGAUCAUCCAGAUGACCAGCGCCGAGAUGGUCCACAACUCCGGGCUGCAAACCAUCUUUUAUCGGCCCUUGAUCGACCUCAACGCGGCCGCCGCGCACAUCCCCAACAGCCUGAUCUUCAUGGUCGCCUCGGUAAAAGAGGGAGACCCCGACUAUCGCGACAACCCAGUUUACUACAACAUCCUGCGCUACCUGGGCUCCUUGUAUCAGGAACUCAAGAAUGGAUUUUCCGAUGUCCUGUUCAUGCGCAUCCUUACUUUCUUCUCCUACAUGCCCAAAUCCUUCAUCCUCCUCGCACGAAAGCGCAGGCCGCGCGCGCUCGUCAUCAUAGCUUACUACCUCGUCUGGUCCAAGAUGGUUCCCGUGUGGUGGUUCCGCGGCGUCGAUCGAGAUCUUCCGCAUAUCAUAGAAAUGCUGGGACCGGAAUGGGACCCCUUGCUAAGAGUGCCCAAGCAGGCCGUGGGCAUCGAGGGGGGCCCGUGGACAUGGAUGCAAACUGCCCAGCUGUUGCUCGGUGACAAGACCUGGAGACCGCCGCAGACGAUAAAAUGCGAGUGGGGAGCAGGAGGGGUAGGACCAGCAGGAGCAAAAGGAGGACCGGGAGCAGUACCGCGAGGGCCACCAUCACAGGCUCCAAUCUUCCCGCUGGCUUGGGUGGAUAAUACGGGGAAACCGAUGCCGAAUUAUUUGUUUCUGGAGGAGUAUGAUCCGAGGGCUGUUGUGGUGGGUGCAAGCGCAGGUCCUACGCCUUCGCCGACGCCGUCGCCUGCUCCAUCUGGUGAAAUUAAGGAGGAAGAGAAGGUGGUAGUUAGUCGAGCUGUGGACAGUCCUUCGGUUUUGUGCUUGAAUUAG